UGCUCGACCAUGGAAACCCAGUCCAUGAAGCUCUACGCACUGUUCUUCAGCGGAUCUGAAGGCCACAUGAAGUUUGGAGGUCUAUAGCUAUUAAAAGUUGGUGUUCUCUGUGCACUACGUGUCUCUGCAUCUGCUGACCUGCUCUGUGGUUUUACGUGUCUGAGUUUCUGUCGUUCUCAAUCGCUUCCACUUUGUUCCAACACCACUAACGCUUUACUGUGGAAUAUUUAGUAGUGAGGAAAUUUCACGACUGGACUUAUUGCACAGGUGACGUCCUGUCACGGUACCACUCUGGAACUCACUGAGCUCCUGAAAGACACAUCCUUUCACUAAUGAUUGUAGAAGCACCUGCAUGCCCAGAUUUUCACUAUGGAAGACAGGAAUUCUUUUCCAGGACAGGAGUACAGCUAUGGAGAGGAUUUGGAGGGAACCUCUGUAGUUCCUUUCUCUUACACAUCAUUUUCUAUCGAAAUUCCGAACACCUACAGUCACAUCAACUAUCUGAAUUCAUAUCACCCCCAACACAGACCGAGUGAGUUUGAGCAGACAUAUCCGUCUGUCUGGGACUAUGACUACAACACACACGUUUUUCCUGUGUACUUUGUUGUGACCCGUCUGGCUCAUGCUUGGCCCAGUAUCCUUCUGUGUGUUACCCUGAAAUCCUGAUCCCUCAGUCCAGUCCAUAUCAGUUCCCAAGUUUCACCGCUACAUCACCCAUGUGGACACCUGGUGGAGCUGUUGAGUGUCAACCACCUUCACAGGUUAAACCCACAUGUAGCUCUGCACCUCCUGAAAAAAACACAUUGGAACAACACACAGACAGCAUGCGUAACUUCUCUGAAAAAUCGAAGAAGCCCUGCCACUGCACUAAAUCCCUGUGUUUGAAACUCUACUGUGACUGCUUUGCAAACGGAGAGAUCUGCAACAACUGCAGCUGCGUUAAUUGCUGCAACAACAUGGAGCAUGAGACUAUUAGAAACAAAGCCAUUAAGACCUGUUUAGGCAGAAAUCCAGAUGCCUUUAAUUCUAAAAUGCACAGCAGUGUUCAGGGGGCGAAAGGAAGUUACACACGAGGCUGCAACUGCAAAAGCUCAGGCUGCCUGAAGAACUACUGCGAGUGUUACAAGGCUAAGAUCAUGUGCUCAUCCCUGUGUAAGUGUGUGAGCUGCAGUAACUACAGCAGGAGUAAGGUGAAGGAGAGCGCUGUGCAGAAGUCUUCACACCCCGAUGAUAACAACACACACCACACGACUAAGAACAGGAACAGUGUGACGUGUAUUACGAACGCUGUAGUAGAGGCAACGUGCAGGUGUUUGGUGGCUCAUGCUGAAGAAGCAGAGAAGGGGGGAUUCUCAGAAGCUCAGGCUGAGAGAGACACACUGAAGGAGUUUGGACACUGUCUCACACAGAUAAUACACUUCAUGUCCAGACAUACACACACACAGAGCUAGAGCUGAUACGCACACACACACACACACACACACACACACACACACACACACACA